GAAUAAUGUGGCCAUAGCCCGUAACAUUUUACGAGUUACGUAUUUUCCGUAAUUUAUUUAAUAACAGUAAACAUUAAAUCACCAGUUAAUUACGCAACUUAAACAUAAAAUUUCAAUGGACGUUUUUGAAACACGUUUUCAUUCCAGUAAGUUACCAGUACGGCAACUGUAGAAAUUUUCUUACAUGCUUUUGUUUCCAGUGAUGCUUCUUUGUUUGAAUGUUGGGUAAUGUUAGCGCAAUACGAAUAGUAAAAUAACAUUUUUAUUUACGUGAUGUCUAGUGAAGUGUGGAAAUACUUUGUCAUCGACCGACAAAAUUCUGGCUACGCAAUAUGUCAAAUCUGUAAAUGUACAAUCUCACGUGGCGGUAAAUCUAAAACUACAACAAACAUGAAAAAACAUCUCGAAAACAAGCAUGGGAGUUACGUUCAUGAGACGAAGAAACAAAGGCUACAUUCAUCGGAAUUGAGCGAGAUUGAAGAAAAUGAAAUAGAUGAUAGUUCAGCACAAAAUUGUUCUUCAGAGACAACCUUGCCAUUGUCAUCAAAUUCAGAUGUUAGGCCUACUGCUACUGAUUCAUCGAGAGGCAGCGGUUCAGUGUCCCCGAGGCAUGCUGAGAAAGUUGGCCAAACGAAUAUUUCAUCAAGAACACCAAACCAGUAUAGGCUAACUCCUAAAAGUCAAUACCAGCCUACAUUACAAUCAUUUAUUGAUAAAACUGCACAAUUCAAGUCCACUGAUCCUCGUGCAAAAUCAAUAACUCAGCACAUAGGUAGAAUGAUGUGCUUAGACAAUCGUCCUUUUAGCAUGGUUGAAGACAGAGGAUUCACAGAAUUUGUCAAAUUCCUUGAGCCUAGGUAUGUUUUGCCCAGCAGAAAACAUUUUUCAAAUACUGUUGUACCACACAUGUACCAAGAAUGUAGGGAAAAUGUGAACAAAAAGUUGGACGAAGCUGAACAUGUGAGUCUUACAACAGAUAUGUGGACUUCAACAGCCAAUGACGAUUAUCUUGGUCUAACUGUGCAUUUUGUUGAUUCCAAUUUUGUCUUGCAACACCUCAACAUUGGGGUUAUUCCCUUUCCUGAAUUAUCUCACACAGGGAACAAUUUGUGCAAUUUUAUCACAGAAACACUUGAAGAAUGGAAGCUGCAAUCUAAAGUUGUUGCCAUUGUAAGAGACAAUGCCAGGAACAUAACUGCUGGCCUAGAAUCAUCCGAAUAUGAACAUCUGCCAUGCCUAGCACAUACCCUGCAGCUUGUUGUAAAGGAAGGGCUACUGAACAACAAGAAUGUAAAUAAUCUGAUUGCCAACGGUCGUCGCAUAGUUGGCCAUUUCAAACAUUCUUGUAAGGCGACAAAAGAGUUAAAGAAGGCUCAAGCCACGCUGAAAAUGAAAAAACAUAAACUUAUCCAGGAUGAACCAACGCGUUGGAAUUCAUCUCUCCAUAUGCUACAGCGCUUACUUGAGCAAAAACAGUCUGUUUCUUUAGCAUCAGCAACUCUGCAGUUACCUGUGACUUUUUCAUCAGCAGAAUGGAACCUGAUGACAAAUGUAGUAAACCUUUUAAGUAUUUUCAACCAUGCAACAUUGGCUGUAAGUACUCAGUGUGUGACAGCCUCAGAAGUCAUACCUAUAAUCAACAGUUCUACUGAAGAGCUAAGGAAACCAGCACCUACUGGAUCAGGUGUACAGGGCAUCAAAAAUGAUAUGCUUGCUGCCAUAACUUUGAAGUAUUCUGAUGUUGAAGAGAAUAUGUUGUACGCAGUUGCAACAUUACUGGACCCACGAUUUAAACACCAUGUUUUUGUGCAGGACGGUAAUGUCACAAAAGCGAAAGUUUUUUUGAUUGAAGAAGCAAGAAAAACUAUCUGUUUGAAACAACCUGAAACUGAGUCUGUGCCGCAAACAUCCAGCCAAGCAAUGGAAAGCCAUGGUAUGUGGACAUUUUACUCAAACAUAAUGAAGACUGCCCCAAGUGUAAGCCACAUCGCAUCAGUUGAAGAUGAGAUUAAUGUUUACUUGGAAGAACCUAUUCAAAAUUCAAGUACCAACGUUUUCCAGUAUUGGAAAGAAAAUACCAAGUACCCAUGUUUAAAAAAACUGUCAAAGAAAUUUCUUUGCAUUCCACCUUCAACUGUACAUUCCGAGCGAUUAUUCAGCACUGCAGGACUGAUUGUUGAUCAGAAACGGAACCGUUUAGAUCCUGAACGAGUCAAAAUGUUGGUUUUUUUAAAUAAGAAUUUGUGAUCUAAUAAGAAUUUAGGAUCUAAUAAGACUUUGUGAUCUAAUAAGAUGCUUUGCCAGUUUUCAUUUAUUAUUUUAAGAACUUUCAAUUUUAUUUUGUCAAAAGUGUUGUUUUUAUGAUAUUUCACUAUGUUGUCAUUUAUUUCAAAGGUAUAAAGAUUGAAUUUGGUAGUUUCUGGUUUUUUACAAUAUUUUUAAUAAUCACAACUUUUUGUGGCUAUUUAAAGUUUGAUUGAUAAAUGUUAAUGAUUGUACAUUUAGUAAUUAAUAUACUAUUUAUUAAAUUGUAUUCCAAUGAAAUUGUUAGUAUUUUGAUGACUUUACGACAAUUCACUUUUUAUUAGUACUACUGACCUAUUACUAAAUUACGUAUUCUCUUUUCAAAAUUACAUAUUCAACUGGAUUAAACAUAAUCCACAUAAAAAAUAAUGCUUGCCCUACACAUUACACAUUACAGAAUAGUAAUUUCAAUUUCUUUAUUUCAAGUAAUGUAAAGUUUUGUUUUAUGUGUUAAAUUUAAUAGUAUUUAUUUAUUAUUUUGAAAAAUGCUUUUUUAGUGUAUUCAAUAAGUAUGUUUACUGAUUCCAUUGUAACUUAUACUUCAAUCCCGAAAAUGAGAAUCUAUAACUUAACCUAAUUGAUUGGAAUCGAUAAUCGAUAAGAAUCGAUGAUCGCAACAAGACUCGAUAAUCGGUAUCGAAUCGAAAAUUUUGAAAAUUUCCCAU